AUGAUCAGCCCCAGGAAACCUACCUGCCUGGUAAGGAAGCUGAAGAAGAUGGCCAAGGGGGAAAAAGCAAUCUCCGUACUAAGAACCAAGGAAGAAUUGAAUGUGAAUAGCCCUAAGAAACCCUCAGUAGCUGGAAGAGGCCAUUUUGUUGUCUACACCACAAAUCAAAAGCGUUUAGAAAUUCCUUUGUUGUAUCUCAACAACAACAUCUUCGUUGAGCUCUUAAAAGUAUCUGAAGAAGAGUUUGGAAUAUCAGGUGAUGGGCCAAUAACAUUGGCCUCUGAUGCAUUUUCCAUUGAAUGCAUAGUCUCUCUGAUCAAACACAGUGCAGAUAAAGGCUCCGAAAAAGCUUUUAUCGAUUAUAUAACCACAAGUCAUUGCACAUCUUCUGCCACACUCCUUCGAGAAUUUACAGGAAAGCAGUCAUUUGUUUGCAGCUGA